AUGCGGCGGCGCUUCGUGCUCAAGAUGCCGACGCGUUUCAGGGUCUGCGCGGACGCGCGUCUCCUGUCGAUCGUCGCGCCGAGGGCCAAGAACCUGGGCGGCGACCCGAUCGCGGGGGGGCGCCUUUGCCCGGCGGAGUGCGUUUGGCACGGCUCGAAUCAGCGCGGGAAGUAUUCGAAGUGCCGCAAGCGCGACAAGUCGCUGACCUUCAUCCGCUUCACGAAGGAGGAGAUCGAGGGGAACAUGCGCAGAGUGCUGCUCAAGAAGCGGGCCAUGCUAGAGCAGCGCCAGAUGACCGAAAAGGGGAAGAUUCAGGACAUCUCGCCGGGAGAUCGGCCACCUCUCCCUAUCGCCAGGCCGGCAUCCGCGGCCCCAGGGUCGAACUUGGGCUACGCGGAGGGCAGCCCGGGAUCCGCCCCCAAGCUGAAGGUGAAGAUGCCGCCGCGGGGCUACGGGUGCGGUUCGAGCCCCAGCAGCGCCGGCAGGCCGACGGCGAUGAAGGCCCCUUCAGUGCCGGCCAAGGCGCCGCCGAACCACAGCCAGGCACAGCGGGGCCUGAUGCGCGCGCUGAUGCUGGAAGACAGGGGCACGAGGAACCACCAUAUGGAGAACAUGAUCGGCGCCAUCAGGGCGCUGGCCGAAGGGAUCCGUGCGAGAGUCGAUGGCGAGGCCGACGAGGAGCAGGGCCCGAGCUAG